GGGUGGGGAAGAUUAAUCUUGGCACUUCAAACAGCUUUACGAAAAGCGGAUUGUCAGUAGAACGCAGGCAGUUUUGGAUGAUUGCGAUAUGCUCCCUUUAGCAGCCUUUUGUUUGAUGGUCUGUUGUACGGCUCCUUUACUAACGUGGGCAAAACCUCUAGAAAGCCAGGCAAGUGCUCUGCAGCACAUCUCGGAGUCAACGUAUCAGGAUUCUAACUUAGACUUGUUCGAAGGGGAUAUUGCCGGAAUCAAUGGCUUUGACGUGUUAGCCGGCCAAGAGCCAAAAAACGCCAUAGUGUACGAAAAUUUACUAUGGCCAAACGGUGUGAUCUUCUAUAGCAUUGCCGACAACUUCACUGGCACUGAACUUGACUUAAUUACCCAAGCCAUAAACGAGUACGAGACCAAAACUUGCAUCAGAUUUACUGAACGAACUGAUCAACUAGAUUACGUUUAUAUCGAGAAAACCGGUGCCGGAUGUUAUAGCUAUAUCGGUCGAAUUGGAGUUGCACAAACAGUUUCCCUGGAUAGCGGCUGUUUUAAUGAUGGGCUUCCAGGAACAGCCAUGCACGAGCUAAUGCAUGCGUUGGGUUUCUUCCACGAGCAGAGCCGAACUGAUCGCGAUGAUUACGUCAUAAUUAACUAUCCCAACAUUCAACCUGGUACUGAGGCGAAUUUUCUUUCGUACGGCCCGGAUGUUAUCCAAUAUCUAGGAGCAUCUUACGACUACGGAUCCGUUAUGCACUACGGGGCUUAUAGUUUCCCUAUUGAUCCCAGUAUCCCUACCAUCAUUACUCGUCAGCCAGGCGUCGAGAUCGGUCAACGAAGAGGAUUUAGUGAAGUGGAUAUUUUCAAACUGAACGCUCUUUACAAAUGUAAUACAAUCCACGAAUAAAAAGGGCUGCAAACA